UCGCCUCGCAACCCAGUUUCCCGGUCUUGGGAGAAGAGUACACCUUCUUCCUUGUCCAAGCCCCCAAAUUCUGGCAUCCAAAGGGUUGAACGGCGGGGACCGGAAGUGUGCGCAGCAGUGGCGGAUCCCUAGCGAAUCGACGCCGGAAGUAGCCGUAGCUAGGGAACUAUUCCUCAGGCCUCACUAUGGCGGCGAUUCCCCCAGACUCUUGGCAGCCGCCCAACGUUUACCUGGAGACCAGCAUGGGAAUCAUUGUGUUGGAGCUGUACUGGAAGCAUGCUCCAAAGACCUGUAAGAACUUUGCUGAGCUGGCUCGUCGUGGUUACUACAAUGGCACCAAAUUCCAUAGAAUCAUCAAAGAUUUCAUGAUCCAGGGCGGUGACCCAACAGGGACAGGUCGAGGUGGCGCUUCCAUCUAUGGCAAACAGUUUGAAGAUGAACUUCAUCCAGACUUGAAAUUCACUGGGGCUGGAAUUCUCGCAAUGGCCAAUGCAGGGCCAGACACCAAUGGAAGCCAGUUCUUUAUGACCCUUGCCCCUACCCAGUGGCUCGAUGGCAAACACACCAUUUUUGGCCGAGUGUGCCAGGGUAUAGGAAUGGUGAACCGCGUGGGAAUGGUGGAAACAAACUCCCAGGACCGCCCGGUAGACGAUGUGAAGAUCAUUAAGGCAUACCCUUCUGGGUAGACUUGCUGCCCUCUUGGACACACCCAGGUCUUCUGAGAUGGUCCCAAUGAACCAGCUUCCAGGUGACCUAGAACUUCAUUCUAGGUCAACAUAACUCUAAACUUCAUUUUGGCCUUGUAAAUCAUGGAGCUAAUAGGGAAACCUGGGGUCUUGGGUGAGUUAGAGAUGGAAGUAUAUUUGAGUAGUAUGCUUCUUUGCUCUUCCCCCAGUGCCUAGGUUGACAGCAUUUGCAGAAAUGCUUAUGCAUGUUUAUUCACAGGCUACUGUUCACUGCACAUGACCCAUACUGCUCCUUCUUGUGUGUGUCAGCUCUGAUACACUUAGAACAAAAUGAAGACUGUCAUUUCACAGUGCCUAACCAAACUUCUUCCUGGGGAGAUUUAUAUUUUGGCCUAUUCUGCAGUCUAGGUUGGGUGACGUCAACAGAAUUCAAAACCAAGUGGUGUCUAUCAGCCUUCUUAACUCUAUACACACUCUAUUUCAGUCUCCUACAUUUGUUCUUCCAGGGAAUGUAUGCAUCUCUCUCUAAUUUUCCUUCUCAAAACCAGAGAACAUCAACACCGCUGUUUCUGACACUUAGACAUCCCACGCAAAGCCACAUUGAAUUUUUGCCAAAUGAAAAAUGCAUCCAACAAUCAAGUUUCUAAGAAGGUGUCAAGUGGGGAAUGAUAAUGUGUAAUGAUUGAGAAAUGAAUUUAUUAAAAGGAAGCAGAAGCAUUGACCACUUUUUUUCCCCAGGAAGGAGUAAGUAGAAAUCUGCAGCGAGCACAAGGACAUACCGAAUUCUGCUUUAAAAGCUGUAUUAUCGUAAAGGAGAAG